GUUGAUAGAAAUGACACUUGUAAUUGUAUUUCAUUACUUGCGCAUUGAGUGAUAAUAGAUCAAAAAAAAAAAGAAAUAUGUAUAGUAUAGGAGAUAGGGGGCUUUAUUCCAAUUUUGGUGCGGAAGCGGCCCCCUGGAUCCGCCUAUGGAACAGUAUGUUUGCGUUAAAUAGGAUUUUAAAACUAACAACCCGUCAUGGUUCCAAGUAAACAGAGGUUAACAACAGUUUCAUGUACUUAUAGGUAAAACAUUUGGACCUGUUGCUAUCUCGCAAUCCGCGCGUCGUAAAAAAGUCUUAAAUCUCUGAAACGACAAUAAGUUGGAAAGGGAGAAGGGAAUAGCCCAACAUUCAUUAUGACGUCAUCGAAACGGAGUAUCAUCUCAAAUCUUUCAUUCUUCAUCUUGCUGUUUGGUGCGGUUGUGGCGGCUCGUCAAGCUCCUUUACUCAAAACACAAGAAGCCAUCAAAGAGCAAUAUAUCGUGGUCCUACAGAAAUACGCGCCACUGCCAGCCGUUCUUCAAUCCCUUCGCGAAGAAUUCAACCAGAAAGUUAUUACCGCGAACAAUCCAUUUAAAGAAUACAACAGGGUUCUGAACGGAUUUGCCAUCUCACUUUCUAAAGAAGCAUUAGCUGUGGUUCGGGGCCAUCCAUCAGUGAAGUACGUAGAGGAAGAUGGCGUCGCCUAUGGCUCGGAGACAUGGGGUCUUGAUAGGAUUAAUCAAAGAGACAUUCCUUUAGAUGACAGUUUCACGCCUAUCGGUAAUGGCAGCGGUGUGAAUGUAUACGUCCUUGAUACUGGAAUCAGAACUACCCAUGAGGACUUUGAGGGCAGAGCUGAGUUCGUCUAUGAUGCAAUGAACUAUGCUAUCGGUAAUGAUGGUGACUGCCAAGGGCAUGGGACACACUGUGCUGGUACAAUAGCUGGUAGAAGAUACGGAGUUGCCAAAGCUGCUAAAGUGUAUGCUGUACGAGUCCUAGGUUGCUAUAAUUGGGGUUCCUGGUCUGCUAUAAUCGAUGGUAUGGAUUGGGUCGCUAGCAAUGGUAUACGUCCUGCCAUAGUGAGUAUGUCACUUGGUGGUAUAGGAUCCAGAUCGGUGGACGAGUCGUUAAGAAACCUUCACAGACAGGGCGUCACAGCAGUGGUAGCAGCUAUGAACGAGGAUAUGGAUUCAUGCGCAUUUUCUCCUGCGAGGGCCCCAGAGGCCAUAACUGUUGGUGCUAUCCAGGAUGACGAUGCCAGGGUCUACUUUUCAAACUGGGGCGCAUGCGUGGAUAUCUUUGCCCCCGGGUAUCGCAUUUUGAGUGCAGACUAUCGAUCUGAUGACGGAUAUCGUUUGAUGAGUGGAACCAGUAUGGCAUGUCCUCAUGUAGCUGGUGUUGCUGCCAUCCAUCUUGGUUUGAACCCAAACCUGACCCCAGAUAACCUUCGUGACGUCAUCCUUGGAUCAGCUAGCAGAGAUAAAGUCACGAAUCUACACGAUUCGGAAAAUCUCCUUCUCUACGUUCCUAGUGAAUACUAAAGUAUUCAAUAAGAGCAGAAAAAUAGGGGAAAUAACAUUUGCGAAGGUUUAAUUAAAAUCCAUCAAAGAGUGAGAGAGUUUUUAUUUAUUUCUUUUAAUUUCUGACGUCAUAUGCAAGCAGCUCCCUCAUAUUCAUUGAAACAGUUUUUAAUGGAACUUUAUGAAUACCAACACUUAUAGAAGCUGGGAUGAAAUGAUGUGUAGGAAGAUAUACCUACUACACUAAUGAAAACACUAUAUACAUGUAUAUAUUUUUUUAGAAAUUACAUUUUUUUAUCACACGACAUGAUCUCACAAACUCAAAAAGUCACCAGAAGACCUGUGCAGAUAUCGCAGCAUACAAGACAUAAGAAAAUUGCUGAAAAUUCCCGGGAAGGGACGGUAAGGAAGAACAUAUCAGAAAAGCAUUCAAGAAGGUCGCAUCAGUAAUCGUUUUGUAAAACCUGAAAUUAUUUUCAACAUUUCGGAAAUUAAUAAUCAUAUGCAAAAUGUGAAGGGGAUUUUAUCAAUAAAUAUACAGUAUGAUAUAACCGUUAA